UUUUUGAUGCUGACCUCUCAGCAAUUCUCAAUGUUGAGUGGCACAAAAGGGACAGCUCCGAACCCAAAUAUAGCCAGUUUGCUGCAGUGACAGCCAUCCAACGCUCUCUUCCUUUCACAGACUUGAAGAAGACAAAGAUGAUUCUUCUACCAGUUCUACAUCAGCACCAUUGGUCUGUUUAUUGCGUUAACUUUGGCCAAUCACGGAUUGAUGUGCUUGACUCAUUUUUGUACAAUCCUGAGUCUGACAACAAUUGGGACAAUUAUCAUUUGGAAUUUGGGAAAAAAAUCAUGCACCGACUAAGUGAUGCACUCUCCAUUGCUGCACCUCUCAAAUUUAAAUCAUUCAAGAACUGGAGACAUGUCCCGGUCAAGGUUCCCGUCCAGAAGGCCACGUCGGACAGUGCAUUCUUUGCCAUGAAGUUUCUCGAGUUCUAUGAUGGUGAUGGCCAUGGCUCACUACACACUAGCAUCGCUGCUGAACGAUCUAAAGAGUUGCGUGCUGAGACCUUGUACUACCUCACUUUUCAUAAGCAGAACAAGGUUGUGGCGCUGCCCGAUGAAAUCCUUCACUGUGCAUAUUGUACAUUCUCUUGA